ACACCUCGGAAACGUGUCGUGCAUAGCCAAACCAUGAAAUAUGGAUGUUUUCGGAUGUUUGCAAUUCUGAAGAGUUUUGCCAUGGUGGAAAGAUUUUAACAAAUGUGACAAAGAACCGUUUUUAAUCAUAAUGUGAUGAGACUGGACCAACAUGAUGGAUGAGGUGGAAGAAAACGACACAGGGUUGGAGAUUAACGUUGAAGUGCUGAUAAAAUGUGUCCUCUUGAGUCUCAUUGGAGUGGUGUGCAUUGUGGGAAACAUGCUGGUGAUUCGGACUUUGAUCUUUUUCAAAUAUCCAAAAAUUCAUCUUUAUGUGAUGAUUGGUGGAUUAUCCGUGGCAGAUCUCCUGAAAAUCACCCCGGAGAUUCUACAGAAUGUGAUCCGAUUGACACACAAGGGUGACGUGUUCACAUCAGAAUGGUGCCAGUCAAUUUUCUACCUCGUAGAAACAUGUACCUAUGUUGCAUCCUGUCAUCUUGUAGCACUCAGCAUCAUUCGCUGCAUUAUGCUCACAGAUCGUGCCCAUUAUUCUAAAUCGUAUGUCAUUCAUGCAUUCAUUAGUAGUCUUGUCAUCUGGGUCCUUACAAUGCUUGCAAAUAUCCCAAAUGCAAAGGCCAUUGUGAAAGAUGACAAUUAUGGGUGUCUGCGGAGCGCCACUUUAAAUGCAGAGACUGAAAGAAACAACUAUUUGAAGGUAGCCUUCUCUUACGCUCUACCACUCCUUGUGAUUGGUAUAGUGUAUAUUGUUACGUGGUAUUUUACACAGAGAUUUUUUGCAGACAGUUACUCUCACAGAGAAAGGCGACUGUCACGUAUGGUCACGUUACUUAUUGUCAGCUUUGGCAUUUGUAAACUUCCCCAUGAGAUUGUGAGUUUCAUUGUGUUCUAUCAGACCCGUGCUGUUCAGACCUCGUUCAGUAAUGUCAAGUUGGACUUGGACUUAUCAUUAAACAGUACAGACUUUGGCUCGGAUGAUAUGCUCAGCAAUUACCCAACCAAUGGGUUGGAUAAUUAUCACCUCUGGGGAAACAUCUACGAGUAUUGUGACAUUUUGGCCGUUCUGGACUUGGCACUUCGGCCAUUCUUCUAUGCGAAACUCUCCUAUUACUUCAGUAAGAGCUUUGACGAAGUGAUAAACUGCACAUCGUGUCGUAACAACAACAAUGCUUCAUGUUCAGAUAUUCACCAAUCGCGAGAAGGAGCAGUACGAAUGGGCUCCCAAAGUGGCCCGUCCUUGACACCAUUGACGGUGGAACGUGAAGAAUCUCCCGACGAUCAAUGCGAUGAAAUCAUUAAUAUUGAUGAAAACUGAUCAUGGUUACAUGUUUUGUCAGGAAGUUUAACGGGCAUGAUCAAGGUGUAAUUUGGUUCACAUUUAAUCCGCAGCCAGUCAUCCAGCUACCUGUCUUAGUGCUAAGACAUAUUUUUUGUAUGCUGUGACAUGACUGUAGGUGUCACAAUGUCAUUGUUCAUGUGUACUUUAAUGCUGCAUUUAGGGAAGAAAUCUGAAGUUUGUAAGUUUCAAGUAACGAUUUAUCAGAGUAAAAUCUUGAUCUUUCAUAGAAGACAUCUGUCUGAAGGUACUUGCUGCACCUUACAGUGAUUGGGCAAAUUUAAUUGAAAGAGAUAAUUCUGAAAUAAUCAGAAAUUAAUUUCCAGAAUUGAAUUAAAACAUUAAGGAAGAGAAUACAGAUGACCAGCACAUAAUGUCUAUGAAAAGCAUAUGGAUGGAAGGAGUCAUAGUAAGUUGAAACAUUAUACACAUGUACAGGUAUGUGAAUAGUAAGUUGAAACAUUAUACACAUGUACAGGUAUGUGAAGUUGUUGCAUUUCAUGCUUGGUGCUAUAUUAUUUAAGUAUUUUGUUAGAUUGUUUAUAAAGAUCAGAGAAGUUGCUGUUAAGUUUUAAUUUUCUGCUUGGCAUGUGGAUUUUGUGUCUAGAUUUCAGCCUCCAAAAUAAGGGAUAUACAUGUAAAUAUACUGUACAGUGUUCGAAUUGUAUCAAACUUUAAGACUGAACACUUCCUGGAUUUGUGCAGAUAUACUUAAAGGCAAUUAUUAAAUAAAAUCAACUUAAAUUUCAGGUUCACAGACUCAUUAAACUGUUGUUGUAAAUGCAGGUUAAAUUGACAGGUUAAUGUUUUGGCAGAAUAGGUCUACAAUUCCUCUGUACAUAAAAAAUAUCCUAGAGGGAGAGAACUUUUUGUAACAGCUUUCAGUUGAUUUGUUGGAUUGUAAUAUAAUAUAUCUCUCCCUGGUAGAACUUCCUGGACAGGUAUGGUAUGGGUUCAUAUAUUCAUCCUUUGUUCCACACAUCAUUUAUUGACAUGUUGUACAGUGUAUUGACCCACAUCGUUAUUCAUGCUAUUUAAACCAGCAAAAAGCAUUAAUAGGUAAUUAGCAUUAAUUUAAUUGCUCAAGACUGUCAGUAAUUGUUUACAGUUUUACUUGUUUUAAUUUUAAUUUAAGUAUUCUUUUUUCAAAAUUGCUUAAAACGAAAAUUCAGAUGGUGCCUCAAAGUUUGUUUUUGGGUAAAAACUAUAACAUGUUUGUACCUACAUAUGACAGACUUUGAAAUAAUCACUGUCAUGCUCACAAUGGCCAAGGGUUAAAGCAUGCAUACAAUUGUCAUUCCAAAUUAUCAGCAAUAUUCAUAGCCACUUACAAAUAUGUACUGCUGGAAAAUAAUGUUUUGGAUUCAAAGUCAGGUUGGUUAAAAAUGAUGUCUGUGAGAUACAACAUUGAUGUUUGAUAUGAUACUAUUUAUGUUAAAUAUGCCUCAGGAAUAUCAACUUCUCUUUUAGGUUUUGCUAUUAGAAAUUUAUUACACAGAAAUUAUAUUUUAAAAAUUGAAAAUUUUGAAAAUAACACUUUUAUUUAGGAAGUGGUUCUGCACUUAUAUAUAUACUUACAUACAAUUGUACUGGCAAACCUUUUUUAUACACAUUUGUACAUACAAAUAUAAAUUUGUUUGAGAGAAAAUGCAGUUUGGGUGUAUUUAUUGGAAAUCAGGAUAAAGUGUUGUUGCAAUAUGUAAUAUUUAACAGCAAUCAAUAACAGUUAUAUCUGUCCCAUAAUUAAACUGCCUCAGAUUCAGAUGAAUAAUGAGAAAUGUUCAAAUCCGUUGAGUUGCUCUGUAGGAGUAGUCUUUUGUGUGUAAAUAUAGAACCACAUUUGUAGCAUAGAAUAUUACAGGUGCAGCUAUGAUUACAAUAUGUUUUGACAUGUACAUGUUUGUAUAGGAUGAUAUUCCAGGUAUUGGUAUACUGUGAUCUUUACAAGUAUUAUAUUUCGAGAUUCAUUAUAAGAUCCGGAUACCAUUCCUUCUUGUAUAUAAAUUGUUUAUACAGAUUGUAGAAUUUGAUGUCACAAUUUAAAGGUUGUACUUUACAGUUUAACUUUUUUCAACUGUGAAAACAACAGAAAAGAAAAGUAAUGCUGAAAAAAAAUCCUGUUAAAAAUGUAGAUAUCUUCAAUAUUGCCCUAACAUCCAUACUGAGAUAAGCCUUAUAACAAAUGAUCAAUUCAUUUAAAUGUUGUCCAUCAUUUACAUGUUUAAACAGGAUGACACACAUCAUCUACAUGUUUAAACAGGAUGACACACAUCAUCUACAUGUUUAAACAGGAUGACACACAUCAUUUACAUGUUUAAACAGGAUGACACGCAUCAUCUACAUGUUUAAACAGGAUGACACACAUCAUUUACAUGUUUAAACAGGAUGACACACAUCAUUUACAUGUUUAAAUAGGAUGACACCCAUCAUUUACAUAUUUAAACAGGAUGACAUACAUCAUUUACAUGUCAAAACAGGAUGACACACAUCAUUUACAUG